AUGGCGACACACCUGCUCUUCGAAUCUGCGUCAGGAUAUGCCAUACUCGAGGUUAAAUUGCACGAGGAGAUCGGCGCACGGACCAAGGAGGUUCAGGACUCCAUAAAUGACCUGUCGAAAUUCAAUAAAAUGGUCACUCUCCUCAGUUUUUCGCCGUUCAGGAGCGCGGCAGAUGCGCUGGAGAACAUAAAUGAUGUAUCAGAAGGCAUUCUUAAUGACCACCUCAAGUCCCUCCUUGAACUCAACCUCGCCAAAAGCAAGAAGGCAUCCAAAGUGAAGCUUGGCUUGGCAGAUGCUGCCCUCGCGGCCUCCAUAUCAGAAGCGAUGGGUAUCAAAUGCGAUGCAUCAGAGCAGACACAUGAGCUCUUACGGGGUGUCCGGUUACACGCCCACAAGCUUCUCAAGGGUCUCGACGACAAGGACCUCGUCAAAGCUCAACUUGGUCUCGGACACUCCUACUCCCGCGCCAAACUCAAAUUCAAUGUCAACCGUAUCGACAACAUGAUCAUCCAAGCCAUUGCCCUUCUCGACCAGCUCGACAAGGACGUCAACCUCUUUGCCAUGCGUGUUAGAGAGUGGUACGGAUACCAUUUCCCGGAGCUCGUCAAGCUCGUACCGGACAACUACACAUAUGCUCGCGCUGCGCAGUUCAUAGGCGACAAAGAUACCUUGACAGAAGAUAAACUGUCCGAACUAACAGUUAUCGUUGGUGACGACUCGACCCUGGCACGAAACAUUCUCGAUGCUGCCCGGGGCUCGAUGGGUUCUUCCAUAUCAGAUAUCGACAUGCUCAACAUAUCCGCCUUCGCAACACGCGUCGUUUCGAUUGCAGACUACCGAAAAUCGCUCGUUUCAUAUCUCAGCGAGAAGAUGAACCUUGUAGCACCUUCGUUGACUGCGCUCCUUGGGGAACGAAUAGGCGCACGGUUAAUCAGUCAUGCAGGGAGUCUAACAAACCUCAGCAAAUACCCUGCGUCAACCGUUCAGAUCCUAGGUGCAGAGAAAGCAUUGUUCAGAGCACUGAAAACGAAGGGUAAUACACCAAAGUACGGGCUCCUAUAUCACUCAUCUUUCAUUGGUCGAGCGGACCCUCGGCACAAAGGUCGGAUAUCACGCUUCCUCGCUAAUAAAUGCUCCAUUGCAGCACGGAUAGACUGUUAUUCCGACCACCCAACGUCGAAAUUCGGCGAAGCCCUUCGAGACCAAGUCGAAGAGCGAUUGAACUUCUUCGAAACGGGUGCACCACCAUCCAAGAAUGCAGAUGCCAUUCGCAAGGUCCUCGAUGCUCUUGCACUGGAGGAUGAUGAAGAGGACGUUGCGAUGGAUGAUGAUGCAGAGCCUGUGCUCCCGCUGAUCGAGGCGUCCCCAGAGCCCAAGAAGGACAAGAAGAAAAAGAAGCGGUCGAGUGACGCCAUGGAUGUAGAUGAGGAAGACGAGCAACCUGCAAAGAAAGUGAAGUUGUCAAAGGAAGAAAAGAAAGCAUUGAAAAAAGCUGCUAAAGCGGCAAAAAAGGCCGAGGCUGCGACCGAUGUGAGUCACCGCCCUAAGAAAAAGAAGGAUAAGGCAGGCAAGGAGAAAAAGCAGAAAAAGGAGGGCAAGGCAUGA